AUGCCACCGCUGUCGCCGCGCUCAGCGCAAGCUCCCUUUGAGGGCAUUGCCAGUCCACCGUUGUCCCAAGUUCCGGAUGCGUACUAUAGCAACGAUGACAUCGAAAUCCUUUACAGCGUCGUCUCCAGGGCGCAGGAAAUACUCAACAAUUUACCUGAAGGGGAACAGCUGGCAACAAAUGCUCUUUUCAGCGCAUACGAUGAGGUGCUACCUCUUUAUGGCAUCGAUCCGGAAGAAGAUCAUCAUCUCUCACGACUGGUCUUUCGGAUAGGAGGAGAACGUGGGGUAGGUUCCCUGCUGGACAGUUGUCGAGAUGUCCUGCUCCGGAUGGGAAUUGAGCUCGAACUCGACUCGGAUAGUGCCACUGUGUCUUCCGCCGCAUCGUCGCAUGUUCGCGCCGAUCACCUCGACGUACGUGACACAGGACCUACCGAUAUCGCAGCUUGGAAUUCUCCGGACGAUCCCACCGAUAUUCAGAACAAGAAUACUGCUAGAAGGAUAGGUGGCAGAGGUUCAAACAUCUCUGUUAUACCAGACCAUGGCUUGUCCCCUUCUCCGGUUUCCCAGCAUCUGGUAACAGAUCCUACGAGACUAAACCAUGAAUUUGUCGUGCCUGAGCUUCGAGUACGCAGUCUCGAGUUGCCGGGAGAGCAAAUAGCCGUCCGGUAUGAUUCUCACAACGAAUUCCCAUCAGCCGAUGAGUCUACAAGCUUGCCCAAAACCACCACCCCCGCCAUUGAUAUGGGCCUUGAUGCAGUUCAAGAAGUUCGACGCCUUCCCGUCCGAAUGCGAUCACCGAUUCCUCCACGGCCUUCUGCUCACAUCACCUUCGACUGGUCGAAGGCUUCGAACACAAGGCAACAUCUUUCUGAUAUUUCCGAUAAGGAAUAUGCUACCCAGCAUCCCAUCCACCACGAUAAGGAGAGCCACCAUAGAGCUGCUCAAUGGCAAGCCAUUAAGCCUACUGUCCCGCGAUCCCACCAUCUCCAGUCUAAUCUUGAUGAGAUACAUCCUGAGGGUUCUUACCGUCGUCUUAAGAGAAGAGCGUCCAGAGCCUGGGCCCUUCUGCAAUUAACUAGAGCCAUUUCUCACUGGGCUGCCUUUUCCGACGAGAAGCUUGAGCGUGCGGCUGUUGCACGGCGACACAUCUUACGAAUCAGGUAUUUCUCUCCUUGGUUUGUAGACGCAGCCGAAAGUAAAAAGACACGGCACCAGAAGGCAGUGCAUAAACACGUGGCCACUUGGUCAAGUCUUGCAUCCGACACUGUAGCAGCUGCGCAGAACCGCCGUGGAGAGUAUGAGCGACGGCUACUACAACGAGUGAUGAACAAAUGGACGACAAGAACGGCAACAAUAAACGCGAAUCUUCCCAGGCCGCAAUCAAUACUUUCGAGGAUGACAAGCCGUACGCUGCAGCAGUGGCAAGACCGCUGUCAUCAAAGAAGAGGUCUACUCGACCUAGCGAAUCGAGCUCAACGCCUCAACGCCUUCACAAGGCUCCAGACCUCGCAUGACUGUGAAGAGGCCCAUCGAGAAGCAGCAUUUCGCUUUCAACGCUGUUUGUAUAUUUUCGAGGCUCUGCGACUCUGGACUCUUAUAGUACGUGGUCGACAGCUCCACGACGAAUUGCAAUUUCGAAGUAUCAACGUGCUGCUUCGCCGCUGGGGUGAUCUCAGACAGGACGAAGGCAUCGCAACUAGACAUGGUUUGACCCAAUCUCAAUCACUGAGCGCCAGUCCGAGCUUCUUGCUGGUCCCGAAGGACGCUGCUAGUCGCUUUCACCAGCGUGUCUUCAUGAGUGAUGUACUCAAGACCUGGCGACGUGUAGCAGUCACUGACGGUGCUGCCCUCUAUCACGCCUCGAUCCACGCGACUCAUCAAUACGCCCAUCGAGCUUUGAUGCGCUGGUACACAAUCGGAGACAGGGAUAUUGAGCUCGGUCAGUGGGCGCGUCGAGCACGGGUGUAUCUUGGAUAUACCAAAAUGCUCCAGACGUGGAAACAAGCCGUGCCACGAUGGUCAUCAUCUGUGCAAAGAGCCUAUGUUCGUUGCAGGUGGCGUCACAAGGCACUGAUAGCAAGGAACAAACUCUCUCAGUGGAGGGCCAGCUUGCGGUAUAUUGAUAUCGUGGUAAGUGCCUCGAAAUCGGAGGAGCGCCAUGCGAACUGCAGUCGCAUCCAUAAGACUCUUGCAUGUUGGCAACAUCAGUGCCAUUUGCAACAAGCAAUGGAAUCACCAGCUUACAUGCAUGACAUCUGGUUGAAUGAGUGGACUGUCUCCUUGGAGGGUCAACGUCUGGUCGAGCAUGAGGCCUCCAACACGUGGGCUCUGGGGCUCAAGUCCAAAGUAUGGAGCAAAUGGCGAUCUGUCUCGGUCCAACUACACUCGCAGCUGUAUAUUGUGACGGACGUUACUGAGAAGAACACCAGGAAGUCUGUCCGUCGGAUCCUUACGCGUUGGAAAACACAAGGUGAGACGCUUCAUGCGCCCGAGCCCAUGUCCCUUGCGGCGUCUUCCUAUGGUCUAUCGCGUGGCAGCCGUGUUCAGGACUCAGUACUGUGGUCAAAGGCCCGAUCUGGUCAAACAGCUGCAUCAUCAUUCUUGGGUAGUCGGGUUUGGCCUAGAGACGUGGAAGAGGACUUUUCGGAGCAGCCAACUUCAGAAUUGGAUGAAAUGGGAGAUGUGAUUAGCACUCCAACACGACGGAUCGAGUUUGAAGGAUCACUCGCACGGCUGCCUACGACAACACCUCUAGCACCACUAUCGACACCUUUUGAGCGUGAGCUCCGCGGACGUUACGUCGCCAAUGGGCGAAUGUCACAAUUGAAUCAGUCGGCGCACUUGUCGAUCAGAGGCACACCGCGACUGUCCGCGAUUGAGGCACGACGCAUUGCGGAACAGAGAAGACGCAGGCGACCAGGAUAAUGAUUUGACUUGACGAUACCCCGUUAGAUAAGUGAUACAUGAUUUGAGAAGC